CAUGAUAUCUGUUAAUUGUUGAUUUGAUAGCAUUUUUAAAAUCAAAACGGACAAAGCUCGAUUUAAUUCGAUUGAAAUAGAGAAUAAUUUUUCUUUAAUCCAACACAACGUCCAAAACCAGUCUAGAGAGAAGAUGGAUUCACCAACAGUAAUGACUUCAACACCGAUAAACUUCAAAACUCCAACAAGGAAAAGGUUGCUCUUUUCAGAGAGUCUUAGCCCUGUCUUCGGUCCUGAAAAUGGACAAAAUGUUGCCCAUUUGAAUGAACAAGGAGGAAUUUUCAAAACUCCAACAAGGAAAAGGCUUUUCUUUUCGGAGAGUUUGAGCCCUGUCUUCGAAAGUAGACAAAAAGUGGCCCGCCUGAGUGAUCAAGAAAUAAUUAGCAUUGAAUGGGAAACAGAAGAAACUAAGGAGGAUACAAUUGAAGAUAGUCCAGUAAGCUUGUUUGAGGAAGCUGAGAGCCAGACUAUACCAUUUGGAGGCUAUGCUGAUAGCACAUGUAUGCAAGUUGAAUAUAAUGACCACAGUUAA